CUGAUUGGUAGUUGCCCGUGACGACACAGGGACUGGAACAGGAUGGCGGCGCAGGCGGCUGCGGCGGCAGUGGUGAGAGGCAUCGGGUCAAAGCUGAGCCAGAACCUGCGGGAGCUGCGGAUCCACCUGUGUCAGAGUUCGGCGGCUAGCCAGGGCGUCCGGGAUUUCAUCGAGCAGCACUAUGUGACGGUGAAGAAGGCGAAUCCUGAAUUUCCCAUUCUGAUCCGAGAAUGUGCUGGCAUCCGGUCUAAAGCAUGGGCGAGAUAUGACUUUGGAAGAGAGAGAAAUGUACCGCUAGAUAAUUUAAAUUCUGAGCAGGUGGCGAAGGCACUGGAGUCCCUGAUUACCAAGCUGUGAACUACAGUCCAAUCCAUGUGUGAAGAACAAACAGCGACAUGGGAAUGUUUGUUUCACUGCAUUGCCAGAUUUUCCUUAGUGGAAAGAAAUUUAACUGUAAAAUAAAUCUAAUUUAAAAUAGAUCUGUGUCCUGUCUGCAUCCAUUUUCUGCAGUUGUGUUCCAAAUGUCGUUGGCUGUAACACUGUUAAUGAGCACGCAGAUAAAAUAUUAAAUCAGUCCCUGAUUGCCUAAGCAACAUCUUGGUGUGAUGAUUUCCCAACCGUGCAAGAUUUAAGGGCAAUUUGUGUUGUGAAUUGGCUUGGGAUUUCUGGGUCUUGUUUUCCUUAGCUCCUUUAAUGGUUCACACAGAUCAUCGUCCCAGCUGUCUCAUACUGGAUUGAAAUUCAAGUUCCCAGAUGUGAGAGCACUUAAACUAAAUACUAAAUGCCUCUGAAGUAAUUCCAGUGUAAGAAACUUCCCUGAUCACCUGACCAUUUUUUUUUGCCUCCGUGUGAGAAUUUGCAGUUUAGCGUUUUUAGCUGAUGCUCCUACAGUACUAUGCAAACUCUGAGGACCUGUCCUGGGUCCAGCAUCUAGAUGCAGUCACAAAGAAGGCACAGCAGCAGAUAUAUUUCAUCAGGAAUUUGAGGAGAUUUAGUAUGUCACCAAAGACAACCACAAAUUUCUACAGCUGUGGAGAGCAUUCUAACUGGUAUGGGGAGGGGUGUGUAAUAUACAGGAUCGAAAUAAGCUGCAGAAAGUUGUUAAAUUACUCAGCUUCAUCAUGGGUACUUAAAUUGUUAAAGUUGUUAAAUUACUCAGCACAUUUUCAAGGAACGAUGCCUCAGAAAGGCGGCAUCCAUCAUUAAAGACCCGAAUCACCCAGGACAUGCCCUCUUCUCAUUGCUACCAUCAGGGAGGACGUACAGGAGCCUGAAGACAAUCAAUGACUCAAGAACAACUUCUUCCCCACUGCAAUCUGAUUCCUGAAAGGACAAUGAACCCAUGAACACUAACUCACUAUUUUUUGAACUACUUAUUUAAUAUAUAUUUACACUAUAAGUCAUGGUUUUUAUUUUUAUGUAUUGCAAUGUACUGCUGCUGCACAAUAAAAAAUCUCAUGAUAUGCAGGUGAUAUUAAAACUGA